GAGGGAGUUACCUGUUUGGGGAAAUUCAGGUGUCCUGACAGCACAAUCUACAUGGAAGGAGGACGGGUGAACAUAUCAUGAACCAACUAUAGGAGUUUGAAUGGGGAUACAGUUAUGAUGAUAUUCAAAUGAAACGCCGGAGAAUUGCCGAGGAAAUGGAUUGACUCUCUGGGUCUAGUGGUCUCUCUCUGUCAGACGCCAAGCGCCCCUAAAUCUAGGGUUUUGUUUUCAUCCACUCUUUUUCAACUGGAAACAUAGAAAUUAAUAUCCAUCUGAAGGAAUUAGAAGACAUGCAGUCAAAAUCUGAAAGUGCAUAUCGACGGGAACCAGACCCACAUGUCAUUCAACCAAAUGCAGUUCAUUCUGAGCCUUGGUGGCGCAGUUUUGGAUAUAAUACUGUGCCUCCAGUGGUGCCAGGGGAAAAUGCAUCCAAUUUGUCUUCACCUGAUGGCCCAACAAAUGGUUCAUUGUCAAAUGAUGAUCAGUCACUGUCAAAUGAAAGAGUAAAUGAGGAAGAUGAUGAUGCUAGCAAAGAAUCACAAGCCACUGCAUCUUCACGAUCAGUUGUGAAUUGUGGACAAGAACACAGAAACAUGCACGAUAUUUCUUCAAGUAGGACUACAGUGCAUGAUGAGUCUCUGACACAACCGCCACAGCUUGAACUUGUUGGUCACUCUAUUGCAUGUGCAUCAAAUCCAUACCAGGAUCCAUAUUACAGUGGAAUGAUGGCAGCUUAUGGGUAUCAACCUUAUAGUUAUCCUCAUCUCAUAGGAAUGCAUCAUACAAGAAUGCCUUUACCCCAUGAGAUGGCCCAGGAACCUGUUUACGUAAAUGCCAAACAAUACCAAGGGAUUCUGAGGCGAAGAAAGGCACGUGCAAAAGCAGAACUUGAGAAGAAGCUGAUUAAAGUUAGAAAGCCAUAUCUUCAUGAGUCUCGGCACCAGCAUGCUAUGAGAAGAGCAAGGGGUACUGGAGGACGUUUUGCAAAGAAAACUCAUAUAGAUGCUUCCAAGAACACCACAGAAGGAAAGGCCAAUGAUUCUGGUCCAGGCCCCUCAUCUCAGUCUGGCAGUUCAUCAGGUUCUGAACAAUUGCCUUCAGAUUCUGCUGAGGUGUGGAUUUUCCCCCAUGGUCAACAAGUGGCGAGAGCAUCCCUAGUGAAUGAAACUUUGGAAGCUAAUAACCGCGUAAAUGGAGGCACUUGUUACCACAACUGCAGUGGCAUGCAGACCUCCACACACCAUUUACACUCAGGUGAAAUGGGGGAGGAAGGAGACUGUUCAGGCCAACAACGAGGGAGCAUUUCCUCAAACCAGGCCUCACAGAGGCCUGUUGCUAGCCAGUGAACUCCAGUAUGCUAAGUGGAUGGCAAUACCGAGGAUUCAGUUCAGCCAAGUAGAGAGAUGAAUCCUUUUCUUAUUGGGUAACCACAUGCACAUCCACAUCCUUGGCAACAUUUUGCCAGGCGGCAAUUCAUUCUUGGCUUUGUUUUGUGUGGCGACUUGGAUGAAGAGAGGGAAACGAGGGAUGAAGAGAUUAUUGGCUUGUUUUAAGUCAGCCAAUGCCCAAUGCUUUUGCCAUCAUCUUUUCCAUUUUCAUUUUUCCUGUGUAAAUAAACCUGUGGAAUAAAUGUGAGUAGAAAUACCGGAGAGAUUUUAAAUGGGGAAGCAGCUCUUUAGUUUAGUGUAGGGAUCUAUGUUCUUGUCUGACAAUUUCUUAUCUGUUUGCAAUUGGACGGUGGACAUAUUUUUUUGCUUUCCA